AUGACCUCAGGUGACCCCGUGGUGAAACUGAGGCUGACCGCACAGUAUGUGAGCAGCCAGAGAGGAAGCUGCAGGAGCCGUGACAGGAUUGGAGCUGAAAGACAACUCCACUCACCAUGCACAGUGGAUGGACACUUUGACCUUCAAGGUAUAAUUAGGAAGGGAGAUGUGGAUAUCGGGGGAAUUUUUACUAUAAACUACGUGGAAUCAGAGCCAGAUAUUUCUUUCAGAAAAGUACCCAAUAGAAUGGUAUGCACUGGUUUUAGCUUAAGGGAUUUUCAGUUUCUACAAACAAUGGUGUUUGCCACUGAGGAAAUAAACCAAAGUGAUACCCUGCUUCCUAAUGUGACACUAGGAUAUAGAAUCUAUGAUGUGUGUUACACCCACUUCCAGGCAAUAAGAGCAGCUCUAUCCAUGAUGACCGGAGUUGGUGACAAUGCAAACAGAUGUGUCCCGCAUCCUUCAGUUGCUGCGAUCAUUGGAGGCUCUUGGUCUACUCAGUCCAUUGCUGUUUCACGGCUGGUGGGAACUUUCAACGUCCCAGUGAUCAGUUACUUUUCCACAUGUGCUUGCUUAAGUGACAAACACGAUCAUCCAACAUUUCUGCGCACAAUCCCAAGUGAUUUAUUUCAGUCUCAAGCGUUAGUACAGCUGGUUAAUCACUUCAACUGGACAUGGAUUGGCAUUAUAAGUGAAGACAAUGACUAUGGGCAAAGUGCCACAAGCUUGUUCAAAAAUGAUGUUACAAAAUUAGGCAUAUGUGUUGCCUUUACUGAAAUUAUCCCAACUGUUCCCGUUGCUGGAAAGAUCUCCCGGAUCGUAAGAAAUAUCUUGCUAUACAAAGUUAAAGUUGUACUAAUCAUUGCUACUGAAUUUUCUGUAGGAUUAAUUUUUCAAGAAGUAUUUUAUCAGAACAUAACAGGAAUUCAAUGGAUAGCCAGUGAAGCUUGGUCCACGUCAAGUCUUUUUUUUACCGAACAGUCUUAUAAAUAUUUUAGUGGAACAAUAGGGUUUGCCAUUCGCAGGGCAGACAUUACUGGCCUGAAAAGUUUCCUUCUUGGUAUCCAUCCUUCCCAGCAUAGAAAUGACCCUUUGACUGUGAAAUUGUGGGAAGAAAUAUUUAAUUGUUCAUACGAAAGAACAGACAAUUUUACAAGACUUCCAUGCACAGGCCUUGAGAAUUUAAAUGCUACAGACAACAUAUACCUGGAUAUGACAAACCUACGGAUUGCAAAUAAUGUGUACAAAGCGGUCUAUGCUGUAGCCCAUGCUUUGCACAACCUAAUGGCGCUAAAUGGAGUAAAUACUCAUUCUGUUAUAGAAACACUAAACAAAGUAUACACCACAAGUCCUUAUAAGCUGCUGCGGUAUCUGAAAAGUGUGAAUUUCACCACAAAGACUGGGGAUAAAGUCAGCUUUGACCGGAAUGGAGAUCCUUAUCCAACCUAUGACUUGGUGAACUGGCAGAGGGGAGACAAUGGCUCCUUCUUCUUUGCCCAUGUGGGAGAGUUCAGUCCUGAUGAAAACUUCAGGCUAGAUGAGCAUAUUAUAAUGUGGCAUGGAUCACAGAAGGAGGUCCCAAUCUCCAUGUGCAGCCCAAGUUGUCCUUCAGGAACCAGGAGGAAAGCCCAACCUGGCAGACAUUCUUGUUGUUUUGACUGUAUCCCAUGUGAAGAUGGAAAGAUCAGUAAUAAAUCCAAUUCCUUAGAAUGUAUGAAGUGCCCCCUUGAGUACUGGUCCAACCCGUCGAGAGACUGCUGUGUCCCCAAAGAGCUGGAGUUUAUUUCCUUUAAGGAAACCCUGGGUUCUGUAUUACUUGGAGGAGCCCUUCUUGGAAUGUUCUUCACCGUCUGCGUUAUAACUGUGUUUGCAUAUCACCGAUAUAGUCCCAUUGUGCGGGCAAACAAUUCAGACCUCAGCUUCUGUAUUUUGUUCUCCAUAUUCCUGUGUUUUCUGUCCUCAGUUACCUAUUUGGGCCAACCAUCUACCUUGUCCUGCAUGCUGAGACACACAGGAUUUGGCAUUACCUUUGCUCUCUGUAUGUCUUGUAUUUUAUGUAAAACUAUUGUAGUGCUAGUGGCGUUCAAUGUACAACAUCCAGAUAGGAAACUGGCCUCGUUUUUUAACCCGAGAAAGCAAAAGGUACUCAUUUUUCUGUGUACUACAUUUCAGAUUAUUGUCUGUGCAUCAUGGAAUAUAAUUUCACCUCCCCGUCCCGUAAGAAAAAUCACUGAUGAUAGUUCUUCAAUUAAUUUAGAAUGUAAUGCUGGUUCAGUGGUCGCUUUCUCACUCGUCCUUGGCUACAUUGGGAUUCUAGUGAGUGUGUGUUUUACUUUGGCCUUUUGUGCAAGGAACCUUCCAAACCAUUACAAUGAAGCAAAAUUUAUAACGUUCAGCAUGGUGAUAGUCUCUGCGGUAUGGAUAUCCUUUAUUCCUGCCUAUUUAAGCUCCCCUGGUAAAUAUUUGGAAGCUGUUGAAAUGUUUGCAAUAUUGUUUUCUAGCUAUGGCCUUCUGAUUUGUAUCUUUGCUCCAAAAUGCUACAUUAUUUUAUUACAACCAGACAAAAAUAAAAGAAGACAUAUGAGGGCUAAACCUGGUUCUAGGCAUUAG